GAGAAAUCCACGGAAGCUUCCAAGGAUGUAUUUUUUAUUGGGCUGUCUGUCACUGUCACGUCACGCUAACUUCCGGUUGUUUCGGUCUUUUCACUCGCAGUUUGUGCGAAACGUGGACGCGUUUUAGUGAAUUUUGUGAAAAAUAACCAUGUCGAAUCAGAAGAGGAAGAAGACCAGGAAGCUUCGAGGUCACGUCAGCCACGGACAUGGACGCAUUGGAAAGCACAGGAAGCAUCCGGGAGGUCGUGGUAAUGCCGGAGGUCUCCAUCACCACCGCAUAAACUUCGACAAAUACCAUCCUGGCUACUUCGGCAAGGUUGGCAUGAGGGUGUUCCACCUGCGACGCAAUCACACCUUCUGCCCCACAAUCAACCUGGACAGACUGUGGUCCCUGGUCAGUGACAAGGUGCGCGAAGAUUGCGCCAAGGAAGCCGACAAGGAGAAGCCCAAGGUGCCAGUUGUGGAUCUGGUGAAGUUUGGGUACUACAAACUCCUGGGACGUGGUCAUCUGCCCAAGCAGCCGAUCAUCGUCAAGGCUAAGUUCUUCUCGGCCAAGGCUGAGCGGAAGAUCAAGGCUGCAGGAGGUGCCUGCAUCCUUCGUGCAUAAAUGAAUAAACCUUUUUUUCCAUGGAAUCUA